GAUUUCUUUUUUAGUCUUACUCAUAGAAAGAAUUCCCAUUCCCAUCCUUGUCAACUCAAAUUAACCCACUAUAGAAAAUUCACAGAUUCAUUUCAUUUUCUGUCAUUGUUUCUUUUAUUGAUAUAUUUUCUAAACAAAUUCUGCAACUUUUUCUUAGCUGUGAUCUCUUUCUCACCCAAAUUUCUUUCUCUCUCUGGUUCUUCAGCCAUCAUUCCACAAAACAAUAACCUCAAUAUCAAAACAAAAACAGAAAAAGGGCUGGUUGGGUUGAAUGCUUCCAAUUUUCAAGCAGAGAGACAAAUCCAAUUGUUGAAAACCCAGCGACCCAAUUGAAGAAAAAUUUCAAAGUUUUCAUCUUUUGGUAUAUUCUGAGUAACAACAAGCUCGAAACAUCAAAAGGUGUGCAGGGGAAAGAAAAGUUGGGAUCGGGGCAAAUUGGUGAUUCAGAAGAGAUAAUUGGGUGUGCGUUAAUGAAAUCGUUGUUGAGAUCCGCCGUGAUAUUGAUUUUGCCGGUGGUGUUAAUCGUCGGCGCGUUGGUGUUCACGCGGUUCAUCGAAACACCUGACAUUUUCUCCACUGUUUCAUCAACCGAACCAGUUCUAAUCAGCAAAGCAUACGAAAUACCAACAAAGCCCCUCAAUCCAACAGAGAUCCCACUAGAUUGCAAUGGAUACAACCUCACCAAAAAAUGUCCCACUAACAAUCCCGAAAUCUCAUUCACCAAUCAAGACCGUUUAUCUCACUCCACGUGUCCCGAUUACUUCCGUUGGAUCCACGAAGAUUUAAGGCCAUGGGCCCACACAGGAAUAACAAAGGAAAUGGUAGAGAAAGCAAAAGCAACAGCAAAUUUCAAAUUAGUGAUAUUGAAAGGAAAAGUGUACUUAGAAAUAUAUGAGAAAGCUUUUCAAACAAGAGAUAUUUUUACUAUAUGGGGUAUCCUACAGUUGUUAAGGAGGUACCCUGGAAUGUUACCUGAUUUGGAGCUUAUGUUUGAUUGUGUUGAUUGGCCAGUUGUUUUAAUUGAUCAAAAAAAUGUUGUUGCACCACCUCCACUCUUUCGAUAUUGCGGUAACGAUGCAACGAUGGAUAUCGUCUUUCCUGAUUGGUCCUUUUGGGGAUGGGCUGAGGUUAAUGUAAAGCCAUGGGAGAUUUUAUUGGAAGAGUUGAAAGAGGGUAACAAGAGGAUUUCAUGGAAUGAGAGAGAACCUUAUGCUUAUUGGAAAGGUAAUCCAACUGUUGCGGAAACAAGACAAGAUCUCAUGAAAUGUAAUGUUUCUGACAAAAAAGAUUGGGGUGCUCGUUUAUAUACUCAGGACUGGGGACGAGAGUCGCAAGAAGGGUACAAGAAAUCAGACUUGGCUAGUCAAUGCACUCAUAGAUAUAAGGUGUACAUUGAAGGCUCAGCUUGGUCAGUGAGUGAAAAAUACAUUCUAGCAUGUGAUUCUCCCACUUUACUUGUGAAUCCUCAUUAUUAUGAUUUCUUCACAAGAGGGUUAAUUCCAAUGCAUCACUAUUGGCCCAUUAAGGAAGAUAAUAAAUGCAAAUCCAUUAAAUUUGCCGUGGAUUGGGGCAAUGGUCACACUGAAAAGGCACAAAGUAUUGGAAAAGCAGCAAGUGAUUUCAUUCAACAAGAGUUAAAGAUGGAUUAUGUAUAUGACUAUAUGUUUCAUCUCUUAAAUUCCUAUGCUAAGCUCUUUAAAUACCAACCCUCCAUAAGUGAUAAAGCUGUUGAACUAUGUGUGGAAUCAAUGGUGUGUAACGCACAAGGAUUAGAGAAGAAAUUUAUGAUGGAUUCAUUGGUCAAGGGCCCUUCAAACACCGACCCAUGCACUAUGCCUCCCCCGUAUGCUCCUCCAUCUUUGCAAGCCGAAAUCAGAAGAAGACAAAGGGUAAUUCAACGAAUUGAAUCCACGGAGAAGAGUUAUUGGAGGAUACAAAAUGUGAAAUCGUAAUGCAUAAAAUUACCACGGAAUUCUAGUGCAAGUGGUUGAUGCGCAGAACGUAUGAAUAUGUUGUAAACCCUAGCAUUACGAGUUUGGUUUUUAAUCAUCGGAAAAAAAAUGAAUGUCAUCAUUGUUAGAGAUUAAUGUUUUUCUCUUCCCACAUAGAUAGAGUUUUUUGGGUUGAUAAAAAUUUAGUAUACAUUGUCUCAUAUAUAUAGUUGGCUAAAUAAAAUGUAUCUACAAGAAAUAGUACUAUGCUUCAUCAUUCUUCUGAAUUGAUCAACUUGCUUCAAAAAUUGGCUCUUAAUAAUUCUAAACAAGUUCUUCUUAUGAA